GGAGAGGAACAUACACACACGUGUGCAGGACAGCAUGUUGUGUUAGCAGCACAUGUGUAGAUAAGUGUGUUUAUGUGAAUGUAUAAAGUGCGAUUAGAAGUGAUUUAAACACUUGCAGCUGAACAGAUUGUGUUUGUGAUGAUGGGCGAGCACGAGCGCUAUCCGCCGCCGAACUUCAGCAGUCCCGCAGAACCACCACCAUCAUCAUCAUCAUCAUCAGUCCACUGGAGUCCACUGCAGCAGAACCAGAUGAAGUUCGAGGCGAACAGAGACUGGAGCUGGACUCAACCCGCACCGGCCGGACUCUGGAACUCAAGCCCGUCUCCGGUUCAUUAUCACGGACAGCAGCAGCAGCAUCAUCAUCAUCAUCAUCAUCAGUACAGACAGGGCUGGCAGACUCCUGGACAACAGCAGCAGUGGGGCAAGAAGCAGAAGCAGCAGAAAGAGGUGGACUUCAGUCAUUUCUGUGACACGUGUGACAGAGUCUUCAAAAAUCAAUACAAAUAUGAUGAACAUAUUUCACAGCAUGUCAAGUGUUCCGUCGAUGACUGUAAUUUUACAGCUCACGAGAAGCUGGUGAAGAUCCACUGGAGGAAUAAUCACAGUCCUGGUGCCAAGAGAAUCAAACUGGACACCCCAGAGGAGAUCACCAGGUGGAGAGAAGAGAGACGCAAAAACUAUCCGACGCUGAGCAACAUGGAGAAGAAAGUGAAGCUGAUGGAGGUGAAGGAGCAGCGAGGAGACGUGCUGGAGACGGCACAGUUUGGUCGGAUGAAGAGGGGGUCGUGCAGGGGUCGUAGAGGUCAGAAUCGGGGACGAGGAUUCAACAGGCCCAGUGAAGGAGUGAAUGAAAGAUUUCAGUUCAAGAGCUCUGAGACGGAGCAGCACAUGCCUCUUAAACGACCUCAUGUGGACGCAGACCCGCUCGGAGCUCUCGCCAACAGUGACCCAGAGUCUGAUAAAGAGGAUUCAGUUCAACAGAAGCAGGCUGGAGUCUCUGUUGCCCCUAAAAAUGUGACCUCUGCCCUGGGGUCACUGAUGUCCAGUUAUGGAGACGACAUGACCAGUGACAGUGAAGCAGAUCCUGAAGUCACAGAUGCCGUUGUGCUCAGAGCUGGUCAGGCGGUGCAGGAGAAGAAAGCUUUACCGGCGGCUCAUCCAGUUCCUGUCCAGAAGAACACAAAACAACAAGAGGAACCUGGAGAUGGACCACAGACGUCCCAUCAUCCACCGGCUGGGAGAGGGAGAGGAGGCAGGGGACGUCACGGGGUCAGGGGUCGUAGAGGAGGGCAAGGCAACCCCAAUGAACCACGACAACACCGACCGACACUGCUGGAGAUGUUAUUGGCUCCUGAUAUUCGUCAUGAGAGGAACAUUGUUCUUCAGUGUGUUCGAUUCAUCGUACGCAAAGGAUUUUUUGGUCUGGCUGCUAAAGACUGUAACAAAAUCGACCUGAGUUCAAACACAACUGUCGGUACACGUGACUCGACGUGUGAAGAUGAUGAUGAUGAUGAGCACAACAGAACGACAGCUGAGAGCAUCACAAGAGAUGAAGAACAGACACAGACAGACAGCCGGAGCAGCCAAUCACAGGAGGAGCUCAAUCACACAGCGGCCUGUCAGAUGUCUCCAGUGAUGUCACAGCGCUAUGACACCCGUAACACAGACACAUGUGACGUCAGAGAUGGAGUCUCGUCUCAGAGUCCAGUUAAAGUCCAGCGGCCCAGUGUGUUCCUGAAGCUGUUUGCUCACAGUUUAGUGUGUGAAGAUCCAGACGAGCGACAACCGAACGAAAACUGUCCUGACGUGUCAGACGAGUGCCGAGAUGCAGAAGAUGAACCGGACGAAUGUAAACAACCACGCAGAGCUCUAUAGUGAUGACAGUUUAUUCAUUUGUGCGUCGUUAUUAAUCAGAUGUUUUGUAUCGACUAAUUGAACCUGUCAAAAAAGGAGCUUAAGUGUCUGAGAAAGUCAAAUGAUAUCACUGUAUGGGGAUGAUAUUAAAAUCCAUGUUGAUUGACAUUUAUUAUAAACUAGCCAAUACAAUCAGUUAAUGGGUGUUUUUUCAGAGAAACAUUACUAAUCAUAUUGUUUAAAUAUAUACUAAAUGGAGCUGUCAGAAUGAAUGGCAGAUAAAAUAGUUUGAUAUGAAUUAGAUUUAUCUGUAUAAUGCUUCCAUUCUUCUGGGUAAUUAAGGGCCAUUUUAACACACUGAAACACCCAAACAUUCUCUGUGUGAAAUAAAGGAGACGCUUGGACUCGUUCUGUGUGUGUGUGUGCGUGUCAGGUGUCUUGAUGGAUCUAUUCAUUAUAAUCUCCAUCUUCACCUGCAGCUGUUCAGGUGUCUCGAUGAUGAAGGGUGGAGAUGCUGAAGACUCCUUUGGCUCUAUAUUUGUGGUUUAAUGUUGAGAAGUCUUUCUUUUGUAACACACACAAGUUCUGUCUUGUCCUAACAGUGUGUGUUGAGUCUGACGGGUGGAUGAAUCUUCAGUCUGUCACAAUGAACUCUGUCAAUCUGCUCAAUGAUUGUGUCCCUGUUGCCAGUCAUGUGACAAUAAAGUGCCUAAUAAUGUUUGAAGUGUCUGUAUGAACAGAAAGCAGAUAAAGAUAUAGUUUCAGUUUUAUCUGCAUGACAAAUAGUUUUACAUUUAUAUUGCCAAAGUGUUUUCAUUUUGGCUGUUUCUGAUUAAAACAAUUACAUUGUUUAAUGUGAGCAGUGUUGUAAUGUAUACAUGUACUGUAUGAGCUCUACUGAAGAUAGUCUUCUGAGCACUAGAAGCAUUUAUUUGAACUAUUAGCAUAAAUAAUGAUCAUCUGAAUGUGAACUGUUCUUGAGUUGCU